AUGACUACAAUUAAGCGAAAGGCAUUGUCACUUCAAGAAAAAAUUGAGAUAUUGAAAGUUUUUGAUGAAAAAUCACAAACAACAAAUCAAACUCAGUUAGCUGCUGAGCUUCAGUUACCAGUUUCUACGUUACGUACCAUUUUAAAAAAUAGAGUAGAAAUCAAAGAAAAAUACAGAUUGGGUGGUGUGCAGAGAAAAAAGCAAAAGAUCGGAAAGUUUGAUAAAUUAGAAAAAGUUUUAGUGGAAUGGCUUCAUCAAGCACGAGCUUUAAAACUGCCCAUAAGUGGCCCCAUAAUAUGUGAGAAAGCGCGUAAAAUUGCUGAAAGCUUGCACAUUACUGAUUUUAACGCUUCAAAUGGCUGGAUAGAUCGUUUUAAAAAUCGCAACGGCAUUGUGUACCGUCAAAUUAGUGGGGAAUCGGAGACAGUGGCACAACAAGAUGUUGAUACAUGGAUGGCAACACUUCCCGAAUUGUUGCAAAAUUACGAACCGCGAGACAUUUUUAACGCAGAUGAAUUCGGUUUAUUUUUUAAAUUGAUGCCAAAUAAAUCUUAUGUUUUUAAGGGAGAAACUUGUCAUGGUGGUAAAGCAAAUAAAGAGAGACUGACUGUUCUGGCCUGUGCCAAUUCUGAUGGGUCAGAAAAGUUACGUUUGCUAGUGAUUGGUAAGGCGAAAAAUCCACGUUGUUUCAAAAACGUAAGAUCGCUCCCUGUAACAUAUGAUGCACAAUCUCGAGCUUGGAUGACCGGCAUUCGUUUCAUCGACUGGUUAAAAGCUGUAGACAAUCACUUCCAGAUUAAAUGUAGACGCAUAAUUCUAUUCAUUGACAACUGCCCCGCUCACCCUAAAGGUGUUGAAUUAAAGAAUAUCAAGCUUGUUUACUUACCUCCAAAUGCGACAAGCAAAUUACAACCAAUGGAUCAGGGAAUUAUAAAGGUCCUUAAGCAAGGUUACAGGACAAGACUAAUACAUCGCUAUCUUCGAGAAAUGGAAGACCCUGAUAGCAAACGACCCUUAACUGUGCAUGAUGCGAUUUUGAACAUUGCAGCGGCAUGGGAAGCAAUUAAGCCUGAAACCAUUCAAAAUUGUUUCAAGAAAGCAGGUUUCAGAAAUAACGUGGUUGACGUCGUGUUGGAAGAAGAAGGAGAACCCUUGAUACUGCAAGGUUUUCCUGGAUAUUCUUCCAUUGACGACAAUGUGGCACCGUACGAAAUCCAAUCAAUUGAAGAUCUUAUUGAGAAUGUGAAUAACACACAAAAAGAGGCCCUAAGUGAUAAUGAUGAAGACGAAGAUGAGUCAACUCCGAUUUUGUCAACCACCCAGGCAUUAUCAGCUGUUAAUGAUUUAAGACGCUAUGUAGCUUCUUUAAAUCAAAGCGAAGACGCACUGCAAAAGCUAAAUUAUAUUGAAAAUCUUGUGAUAGCUAAUGCAUCUUUCAAUCAAACUAAAAUAAAAAACAGACGGACAUUAUUUAGUUUUCAAGCAAAUAAUGUAACUGGAUAUCCUGAUGGUAUGACAAUAGAUAGAGAUGGUAAUCUAUGGGUUGCAUGUUUCGGAGGUGGAAAGGUUAUAAAAAUUGAUUCAAGAGCUGGCAAGUUGAUGGAACAACACAAAAUUCCAGCAAGUCAGGUUACUUCUGUAAUGUGGGGUGGAUAUGACUACUCAACACUCUAUGUUACAACUAGCAACCGUGGGCUUAAUGAAGCACAAAAAGCCAAAGAGCCAGAAGCUGGUUCAUUAUUUGCUAUAGAUUACACAGGUUCUUCAGGAUACCCUGAAAAUCAGUUCAUAUUUGCUAAUGCGGACAUGUAU